CUUGAUUUGAGAAGAAUGAACUUGAAGAACUUUGCUGAUGGUGUGAGCGAUGAAGUGACUAACCCUAAGCAGACAACGAUGGGGACUAGUCUUCCAUUGGCGAGACAGAACUCGGUGUUCUCCUUAACCUUUGAUGAGUUUCAGAACUCAUGGGGUGGUGGAACUGGUAAGGAUUUUGGUUCGAUGAACAUGGAUGAGCUCCUGAAGAACAUAUGGACAGCAGAGGAAAACCACUCAAUGAUGGGCAACAACACCAAUCUCAACAACAUCAACAUUGGUGAUAACAGUAACACUGUUCUGAACAGCGGUAACAGCAAAGGUGUUUUGCCUGUUGGCGUGGGAGGAGAAAGUGGUGGUUUUUUCUCUGGUGGGAGCUUGCAGAGACAAGGGUCACUUACCUUGCCUCGUACGAUUAGUCAGAAAAGGGUUGAUGAUGUCUGGAGGGAGCUGAUGAAGGAGGACGAUGCUGGAAAUGGUGUUGGUGAUAGCGGAACAGUUGGGAUUCCGCAGAGGCAACAAACGUUGGGAGAGAUGACUCUGGAGGAGUUCUUGGUCAGGGCGGGUGUGGUUAGGGAGGAACCUCAACCGGCGGUGGAGAGGCUAAACAACUUCGAUAGCGGGUUCUAUGGAUUUGGCAGUAACGCAGGUCUCGAGUCAGCUCGUAAUGAUAGGUUUGCUCCUAGCCAGCCUCAUGACUUUGCUGGAAAUGGAGCUCCGGUGAGACCGGAUCUACUGACAACUCAAACUCAGCCACUACAGAUGCAGCAGCCACAGAAGGUUCACCAGCCGCAACAACUAAUUCAGAAUCAGAAGCCGGAGAUACCAUUUGCCAAACAGACUACUAUCAGGUUUUCAAACACUGUUGAUGCGGACAAUCGUUCUCAACCUGUAACACAGUGCCAGGAAGUGAAGCCUUCAAUUCUUGGAGUUCGGGACCAUCCUAUGAACAACAAUCUUCUGCAAGCUGUUGAUUUUAAAACAGGGAUUACGGUUGCUGCAGUAUCUCCUGGAAGCCAGAUGUCACCUGAUCUGACUCCAAAGAGCGCCAUGGAUGCAUCUUUGUCACCUGUUCCUUACAUGUUUGGACGAGUAAGGAAAACGGGUGCAGUUCUGGAGAAAGUGAUUGAGCGAAGGCAAAAAAGGAUGAUAAAGAAUAGGGAAUCAGCUGCAAGAUCCCGCGCUCGCAAGCAAGCUUAUACGUUGGAGUUGGAAGCAGAAGUUGCACAACUCAAAGAGGUGAAUGAAGAGCUGCAGAGGAAACAAGUUGAAAUCAUUGAGAAGCAGAAAAAACAGCUUCUGGAGUCAAUGCGCCAGCCACGGGGAUGCAAACGGCAAUGCUUGCGAAGGACAUUGACAGGUCCUUGGUAG